AUGCAAUUCACGACUGCCACCCUCUUUGCCAUUGCUCUUCUCGCUGCCAAUGUAAACGCGGUCACUUUGUACAGAGGUGGCAACAGCCAUACUCCUGUCACCGGCGACCGCGUCAGGCAUCAAGACUUUGGCCACCCUUCUGAUGGUCAUUACCACCCAAAUGGUGGAGGCUUGUCAACGUUUUCCAACCCCGAUCACCUUCCAAAGGGAACGAAGCAUGUCUACUCCGUCGAAUCGCAUGAAGCAGAAGCGCACGGCUUUAAGGUGACCAACGACCAUGGGACCCACCACAAUAUCGGUUUGCACCAGAAGCAUCCUGAAGGAACUCUCCACAGUGCUCUGAAAAAUUUGCCGUGGAAGAAGGUUGGCAGACGCGACGUACACCCAAUGAACCGUGUGCGAAUGGUUCACGAGGCCCUAGAGAGUUCGAAGAGGAGCAUUGAAGAGCUCGAUUAG